UUGUGUUCAAAAUUUAGUUCAGAAAUUGUGAAAUCGUGCCGGGUGGGGUGUUCGUAUCCAAAACAAAACAUUCAAAAGUUAGAUAAUUUUUGCAAACGAUUUAAAAUUUAUACAGAAAAUGAGCAUCUUAUUGCGACAAUUGGGAAGGGAUAUCGUAGCCAGCCGGACUGGUCUUCUGGUGUCGAGGACCCUUUGCGCAGCUGCGCUCGAUUCCAAAGACCUAGCCAAGCUGGUACGAAACAACAAAGUCGUAGUGUUCAUGAAAGGCAAUCCGGAAGCUCCUCGAUGCGGUUUCAGCAAUGCAGUAGUGCAGAUCCUGCGAAUGCACGCCGUCAACUACGAUAGUCAUGAUGUACUGCAGAAUGAAUCCCUGCGUCAAGGCAUUAAGGAUUAUUCAAAUUGGCCAACGAUACCCCAAGUGUUCAUCAACGGAGAAUUCGUCGGUGGUUGCGAUAUUAUGCUACAAAUGCACCAGAACGGAGAGUUAAUCGAUGAACUGAAAAAAGCGGGCAUCAAGAGCGCUCUGACAGCGGAAGAAGAUAGCAGCGAUAAGAAAUAAAUCCAAUUUUGCCUGCAAGAUCUUAAUAUUUAGUAAUAGUACUUGUUUGAUACAAUCAGAACUAGCUUUACAGUAAAAAAAGGACAGAAAUAAGCAGCAAUAUGGUAAAUACUGAUUCUAAUGCGAGAUUUUGUUCUAAUAUACUUUUUGCUAAAUCUGCAUGAAAA